AUGUUAUUUAUCUUUGGUUUAGGGCAACCUGUCGACGUCAAAUUGCCAGUAAUCGAUAAAUAUCCCGAUUUUAUGGAGAAGAAACACCGUGAAUCUUACGUAUCUGAGAGGAUCCUUGGAACUCUGUAUCAUUGUAUAAAAGUCGACACUCCUCAAAAUGAUUCACUUUUAAACUAUAAAAACUAUGGCAUCACAGUAGACGAGGAGUUUCUCGCAGAAGGCUAUGAGGAUUACAUCGAAGAAGCGGUCACGAUGCGCGACGACUAUAACUGGAGACUUAAAAGCUUAAUGAAAAAAUACAGCAUUAAGACAGAACCAGAAAUCAUCACUGGAAACAUUAUUCAAUUUCGUGGAACGGACGGAAAAAAGAUUUAUGAUGUUCGCAAGACGAUCUCUAUAGAAGUUGCAGUUAUCAUACAAAAAACACGGCUAUCUUUUCGAAGGGAUCUGGAUGACCAUGAGGAUACAGAGGAUGAUUUGCCAUUUUCUUCACGUGUUCAUAUCAAGAUUACAAACGAGUCAAAAGCUAAAGCGUCCGCGUGGUAUUACGUGACGUAUCAUCGUAAGAAGCAUGACAGUUUGGGUAAUGGCCAGAUUUGGCAUGAUGAUGAAAUUUUUUUAAGUUUUGCAUGGACCGUUUCUGAUAUUUUGCUUGCUAUUCGUAAAGAAAACAUCGCUUCUAAAAUUCAAUCUACAGAAUGGUGA